UUUGGGGGGAAUUGAUGACAGAGAGAGUCAUUGUAUUCCUAAAUAUUGAUGAAUAAAGAAACAAUUAGGCUGCAGCAGAAGCGGCACUUUUCUUAUCCAGGGCAAAGGGGCAGGUGCUUGAGCACCACGAGGGGUCUACCUGUGCACCUUCAUGCUGGUAGUAGAAGACGCUGCUCGUGCGCAGGUAGACCAGCGCGUGACCCCGGAGCCGCUCCGCGCGGUCUAUACGGUCCAGUUGAUGACGACGUUGAAGAGGAGCAGCACCGAGAAGGACGCGGUGGAAACGUGAAAAGCGCGCGCGGACAUGGCCGUCCAGCAGCAGCCGACCCAGGUGGUGACCGUGGUGACCACCAGCCAAGGCCCUGGCACGUGGAGCACCGGCGUCUGCGACUGCUGCAGCGACAUGGGCACCUGUUGCUGCGGUCUUUGGUGCUUCCCCUGCAUGCAGUGCCAGACGGCCGGAGACCACGGCUGGUGCUGCGCUAUGCCGCUGUUGGACGUCUGCUGCGUGGUGUCCUGCCUGCUCCGCUCCUCCAUCAGAGAGCGCCACAACAUCCCCGGCUCCUGCUGUGACGACUGCUGCAAGUUGUUGUGGUGCUACCCGUGUGUCUGGUGCCAGAUGAAUCGUGAGCUGAAGAUCCGGCGCAAACACUGAGAGACCUACACCUCGAUCACCACUCGAGGAUAGGACGCCGCGGCGGAGGGCAUGACACACGAUUCACGUGUAACCCAUCGAAUCUUUUUUCUUAAUGUUCUUAUGCAGGGUUCACACGGCCAUGGAAAACCUGUAAAAGUCAUGGAAAAAAAUAAAAUCCCAAAAGUUUUGGAAAAGUCA